AUGAUAUUAUUAACAUUUACUAAUAGUGUUUGUGUCAUUAAUCGAAGUUGUCGUGCUAUUCAUGCUGAAGUAUAUGAUAGAAAGAGUUGUGGUCAACUAUUUGGUUUAAUUAAUAAAUGUUUUUCAAAAAAAGUACCUCGUGAUUCAAAACAAUGUUGUGAUUCUGAGAAUAGUGAUUGUUAUACAGGUACAACUGAUGAUGCAUUAUAUUGGAUGGAUUGUGAUACUGAUAGUAGAAAAGAAGAAGGUGUUGGUCAAGCAGUUGUCGCUUGUGCAAAAUGUAAUAUUAUUGUUUAUGAUGAAGGUUUAAUAACAGUUGAACCAGAAAGUAAACCAGGACAAACAAUUGCUGUAUAUGCAUGUAAAAAUAUGGAUAAUGCUAAUAAAAAUAAAAGAUGUGCUUAA